AUGUGGUCCCCGGCGACGUUGACAACUCCAGAGGCGACAGCGGUUGUGAUCAUCCUGUCGGUAUCGGUGGCGGUUCUCUUUCUCUAUCAACUUAGUUUGCCCAAACCACUUCCCGGAAUACCCUACAACAAAAGUUCGGCUCGAAGCAUACUUGGCGACUUACCUGAGGUGGCCAAAUUUCAAAAAGAGACACGGCUUUUCUGGAUCUGGCUCACACAGCUGGCGGAACGGCUGCAAGCCCCGAUUGCUCAGGUCUUCCUGCGGCCCCUAGGCAAGCCCUAUGUCAUCGUCACCGACUAUCGCGAGGCACACGACAUUCUAGUGCACCGAUCAAAAGAGUUCGACCGCGCCGACUUCUUCAGAGAUACUAUGGGCCCACUCACCCCAGAUGCCCAUAUUUUGUUUAAGACAGACGACAAUUUCAGGCUGCACCGCAAGGUUAUUGGAGACUUGAUGAGUCCUGCGUUCCUGCAGAAUGUCGCCGCGCCGUCACUUUACACCAAUCUCUGCAAGCACAUACACCUGUGGAAUGCCAAGUCCCGCUUGGCGCAAGGUCAUCCCUUUGAAGCGAUCGACGACAUUUACUAUAGCGCUUUCGAUGCCGUCACCUCUUUCACUUUUAGUGACAAUUUUACUCAUAAUGCCACCAAGUCGCGUGUGAGCUUUUACACAUCCGUGUCAACUGACAAGGUCCCAUCUCCGAGCGGGAAAGAUGAAGCAGUCAUUUUUCCCGGAUCCCCUAUUGUGGAUGAAUUUGUUGAGGCAUUUCGCGAGCUGGCACUUGUGUACGAAGAGGUCUUGGCCUCCAUGUGGCCCAGACUCCAGUGGUUCUUCAUUUUGCGACGACCAAGAGUCCGUCAUGCAGUCAGUGUGAAAGAAUCAGUCUUCCAUCGGGAAAUCGAGGAGGGAAUCCAGCGGCUAGAUGGCGGAAAGAAUGAAUCACGGGUCAAAUCCGCUAUGGACCACAUGCUGCUGCGAGAAGCUACCAUUGCUUUGAAAGAGGGGCGCAGGCCGGAUUUCCAUCGCCGCACGAUAUAUGAUGAGCUUAUUACGUUUAUUUCGGCCGGCCACGACACAAGCUCAACGACGGUAUGCUGGGGAGUCAAACUGUUGGCAGAUAACCCGUACACGCAAGAGAAGAUUAGGUGCCAAUUGUUUACAUCUCUUCAUAAGGCUCGGGCCGAGAAGCGCUGGCCAAAUGAGCGCGAGAUACUUCGCACCCCUAUGCCGUACCUCGACGCUCUGGUUGAGGAGAUGUUGCGGCUGGCGCAGCCGGUACCUGGGCUUGUUCGCCAAGCUACCGUGGACACCCAGAUCCUCGGCUGCCACAUCCCAAAAGGGACUGAAGUCUUCAUGCCUUGUCUCGAAGCCAAGUCGCGCAUCCGGACUUGGCCAGAAGACGGCUCUAUGGCUGACUUUAGGCCAGAACGGUGGCUGGUGGCCGCGCCUGCAGACGGUUCAGUGCCGCCAGAAGCCACCUUUGAUGGCUACGUCUUCGAUCAGAGCGCAGGCCCCAUGAUGGCUUUCAGUCUGGGCCCUAGAGGCUGCUUUGGCCGGCGGCUGGCGUAUGUUACGCUUAAAAUUCUCACCACGCUCAUUAUGUGGAAUUUCGAGCUUCUUCCCUGCGGUGAAAAGCUGUCGUUAUAUAAGGCCCAUGAUAUGCUCACAAACCGGCCAGACUUGUGUUACGUGCGGCUUAAAUCGGUCGAUGAUGCCGCUUAG